UGGCCACAUAUGCACCAACUUUUGCACCACUAGAUGAUAAAAGUGAAUGGGUCCAGUGGGAUCUAAUCCAACUGCAAAGAGGCAAAGGACUGAAUGUGAUGCACAAAGCUUCACCUUCAGCAACAUAGAGCCAAGUCAGACCACCGGAGUUAGGGGUGCAGCUAAGUCAAACAAGAAGAAGAGAACGGCAUCAUUUGUUGGUGAAUGUUUUACAGGGCCUGGCAGUCAGCCUUUGGCAACACCAUCUUCUACUCCAGCUUCCACAACACCUAUGAGUCUGCCAUCUAUAGCACCAUCUUCUACUCCACCCUCUACAAUAAAUAACCUUUAUCAGAACUUCUUUGGCAUUGGAUCUGUAUCUCAGAAUAUAAAACAAGGAAAGGGAAGGGGAAAUGGAAAUGCUAAGAAGAAAUGAUUUGAGAUCCGUUUU